AUGACAAAUGCUAUAGACCUUCACUUAUUCAAAGACGUAUCACCAUUACAAAUAGUCCUACUAAUCGCUAUCAAAAUAUACUCUAUAGGCAAUGUUUCACCAAAUGUAUUGAUUAAAAUUGCCAGAUUGAUUGAACACAAGCAUGUGGUGACCAAUGACAAUCAAAGUUUAAUAGUAUUGUCAGAUCUAGAAAGUGUACAAAAAUACUUUGAUGAUGCGACAUGUUUCGAUCAGCUUGUACAGAUAUUGCAGUCGAUUCAGUCGAUUGAGGAUUUGGAUCGAAUCAUGAAGGAGUUCAAGGAUUUGGUUGAUCCAGAGAAACUGAUUGAAAACGGGAAAAAGUUUGCACCUCAGUCAUUGUUUGGAGCUUUCAUUGUACAAGUAUGUGCAUUUUACGAGCAGCUUGAAUUCCAACAGACCAUUUACUUGUAUCAACUGUUGGAUCAAUUUCGAGGAGUAAGUCGUGGGUCACAUGUCAUCUCUGGAAAAGGCGAGUUAGAGAAAGCUCUCGACGCCCAGCUAGCGAGACUCAGUUUGAAGCCAUCAAGCGAGAUACAUGUAUCCACUUCGAAAAUGUAUCUAGAUCAGUUAAUCAAUGAACAGGUGACAAUAUUGGAGACUUUCGGUACACCAACACCGUCGUAUCUAAAAGAGAUAAUGCGAUUAAUGAGUUCAUCUCGUGGGUCAAUUGAAAACAUGGUCUUCAAUCAUGUACCCAACUACUACUACCUACUUUAUUUGGAGAACUUGGCAGAAUUGGAUUAUAAUGGGGCUGUCGAUGCCCUACACCAAUACUUCGACUACAUGGUCAGCAAUAAUUCGAAAUAUUUUUACCACUUUGCCCUAAUAUCCAAAGCUUCCUUGCAUCAGUACUUUGGCGAAGACCAAAAAGCAAUAGACAGCAUUGAGGAGGCAGUAAGUGUGGCAAGAGAGAACAAAGACAAUGCCACACUAACCUACAUUUUGAGCUGGUUUUGCAACUUCAUGCACCACAAGCCACAUUUAUGGGCACAACAAUCAUUGUUUAAUAAAAACAGCGGCGACAACCUAUUGGAUUUUAUCAUCAAAAAAAGUUCCUCGGUGAAUCAGCUGUUGCUAGCAGUAAACUUAGGGUUUGAGACGAUACACAUGAUGAACAAUCUGCAGUCAAUUUCCACGUACAUGGCGAACUUGUUCAAAACAAUGUACGUUGCAGUGAAUGAUGUGAAACCGACGUUUUCACGAAGUGCUGAUAUCGCAUCGACUGUGUGGGAUGAACUAGGUAUAGCCUCAUUGAGUGAGGUAUAUAGUGACAUCGCACUUCGUUAUAGUGAAAACUCAUCUGAGCAUACUACUCUAGAGGCCAAAAGGUUGUAUCGUCAAUUUCAAAAGGGCAUAGGCUGCGAGGAAGCAUAUUUGCAGAUUCUGAGUUUGAAUCCCCACGACAGCUCACUAAAAAAUGCAGUUAGAAUCCAAACAUUACUAAUGCAAAUAAAAUUGUAUUUGCAGCAGAAAAGGUUUCGAAAAGCAAAAGAAGUCAUGGCUCUUUUAGUGAACAGCAAAAUUAAAGACAUAAAGAUAAGGAAUGAAGUUUGUUUGCUUGAAAUUGAGAUUGAUAUAGAGUAUGAAAAUUACAAGCACGCAUUGAGUAAAAUCGAUGCAAUGCAAUAUUGUGACGACCACAUGUUGCUAAGGUUGAACUUACUAAAAUGUCAAAUAUUUAAUCGCUCUGGUGCUGUCCCGUUGUCGCUACUCGUCCAGGUGUUGAGAUUAAGUAAAAAUUACGGUUUCGCUUCAUUAAUGAUAGAAGCUAGUAUCUUACUUCUUGAUACUUUACAAAAACAUGGGUACAAUGAAGAGGUAAAGAGAUUCACUGAUGACGUGAUGCCAAUAGCCCUAACUCAUGGCGAUGAAAAUCUCAUACGGUCGGUGCUAAACAUAAUCGAGAAGUGA